GAUUAAAAAAAAAAAAGAAGAAAAAUUCUCAGGAAACAACACGAAGAAUCGAUAGAAUCCAAUUCUCGAAGAAGAAAGAUCUCUCUCUUUUUAUCCUUCUGGAGAAUACUUAUUAGUUUGGCCUGUUGGUUUAGCUGUAAAGGUUACUGCUUUGAGUUUACUCCGCCCCCAAAAUAAAAUAAAAACUCAAACUUUUAUUCAGAUCUGUGUCUGUAUUGCAUUGCUCGCAUUGCUUCAAGCUCAUUGUUGAUUCUGUGGAUUUAAAAAAGGGAAUUUGAGAAAUUGGGUUUAGAUUCUUUAAGUAUGGGGAGGCCUUUGUUUUAUGAUAUCAUUGAGAAACCAGCAACGAGCUGCAUCGUUACGAUAUGCAGUGUGAUUUGGUUUGUGAUUCAGAAGAAGAGUAUUGGCUACUCUCAAGUUGGGUUGAGUUACGACACUGCAGUUGAAGGGCACUAUUGGAGGAUGAUCACCUCUGCUUUAUCACAUAUUAGUGUCUUGCAUCUUGUGUUUAACAUGAGUGCUCUAUGGAGUCUUGGUGUUGUGGAGCAGCUUGGUCAUAUUGGUCUUGGAACGGCUUAUUACCUUCAUUACACUCUUGUUCUAGUCGUAUUCUCUGGUGUUUUGGUUAUUGGGAUCUAUCAUUUGUUGAUUGCUAGGUUCAAGAUUGAUUAUUUCCGGAGAGUUACAGCUGUUGGGUACUCUUGUGUUGUCUUUGGUUGGAUGACCAUUCUCUCUGUGAAGCAACCUUCUUCAAAGCUGGAUCUUUUUGGUCUUUUGUCUCUUCCCAUUAGCUUUGCGCCGUUCGAGUCACUCAUUUUCACUUCCAUCAUCGUACCACAAGCUAGUUUUCUAGGACAUUUGUCAGGAAUCCUCGUUGGCUACGCCAUUUCUUGGGGUCUGAUUGGCGGGAUGAACAACUACUGGGCUCUUACUAUGCUUGGUUGGAUCAUUGUGGUUUUUGUUUUCAGUUUGAAGAAAUCGGGUGCUUAUGAUAUCAGUUUUCUAGAGAUCGAAUCGCUUAGUGAUGCUUCUUUACCUUCAGUGCGGUUUAUUGGAAACGGCCGGACCUUGCAAGCCAGUGCAGUCCCUCUUAGUGGAGUGGAAGUUGUCUGAAUUCAGUUUAUGUUCAAUAUUGAAUGUGGGAACAAAGUUCUUGUCAUCGAGGUAGUAGGAUGAAGACCGAGAGUUGGUAACCAAGCUUCUGCAGUUGCAACCCGAAUGACCGAUAUUUAACAGAUACUUAAGGCUUGCUUGAACUGUUUGUGGAAAAUCCUUCCUGGUUAAUGUGGUGAUUGGAGAAGGAUUACACGUCUAAUCAAGCUAGUGGUGUCAUAGGCAUCAUUACAGAUGAAUAUGACAGUCAAUUAUUUUGUCAUGUGAUUGAUGUAUAGUUGCGUAAGGGUCCUGUGUUUACCUAAAGAUUCCAUCCACUAGACAUGUUUCCUCAUUUGUGACCUUCACAUUUAUUUCAAUAUGAAAGCAUGCCACCAAACAGUCUUGUAUUACUCGUUUUUCUUUGAUAUAUUGUAGGGCUAAUUGGUGAAAUUAGCACAAUGUGACAUUGUAUCUGUUUUAUCAUCUACACUCUUUCAAUUUCACAAAGUAAUUAGAUGAAUU